GUUAUACAAACUAAGGACAACAUUGUUCUUAGUAUGAUCGGGUGGUGACCUUGCGAGCUGCGGAUUCCAGUUUGGGCCUGUUCGUCUGUAGGGCCCUCGCUUGCAAGAGCGGUCUACUGAGCGGAUGGGCUGCUGCCAGAGUCUCCCGGAGGUUGUGGAGCCGGUGGUGCAGCGACGGAAGGGUGGGACGCCUGUUGUAGAAAGCUGCUUUCCAGAGAAGCACGGCCCCGGAGGCUACAAGGUCCUCGUCACCACCUCUUCAGCGGAGCUCGAUUUUUGUCCCACAAGCGGGACGGCCCGCGGGCGCGCAUACGCGCGCACGGUUGUCGGGCCUACCUGGCUGUUCGCCUGCGUUUUUGAGUGCCUGCCAGUUCCCGGCGACAGCGGCGACGUGCGGUCCCGUGGCGUGUACUCAGACGCAGCCGCCCAGUACUGCGCCGACACAGCCUAUGAGGUCUUUGCACAGCAGCAGCAGGCCAGGCGAAGCACGGGCCACGCCCAGGGCGCUGGUGACAUGGCGGGGCUGCUGGGGGCUGUGCUGGCGGCACUGGACCGCCGCUUCCUGAACGACCCGGCCGUGAUGCCGCAGGACCGGCUAGGCUCGGGCUGCACCGGCGUGCUGCUGCACAUGGACCUGGCCGCGCCACCGGAAGGCGCGGAGGCAGGCGGCCGUGUGGCGGCUGUGGCGGCUGUGGGCCCGUGUGCGGCGGUGCUGGGGCAGCGGCAGGGGGGCUUUGCCUCAGCCACUGCGGCGCCGCAGCUGCUGGCAGGAGGCAAUGCGGCAAGCCACGCGGCGGUGUGUGAGCUGCUGGAGCGGCUUGGGGCGGAGCGGUCGGCGGAGCUGGUGCGGGUGCGGCAGCAGCUGCAGCAGGCGCAGGCCGGCGCAAAGGCCAAGCCGGGCAAGGGAGUCCAGCAGCCGCCGCAGCCCGUGCUGAGUGCGGUGGUGUCGGCAGCGCCGCAGGAGCCCAGCUACGCCCCGCAGCCCGAGGCGCCGGCCGUACUGGGCUUCGGCGCCUGCAAGGGCAUGGGGCAGCUGGUGGCAUUGCCACCGGGCGGAGUGGGGCCUGUGCCCGCUGGUGCAGCACCCGGAGCGGCGCCGGGUGAGGUGCCCCCCACACCACCCCCAUGUGUGGGGCUGGCGGUGCAGACGGCCCGUCACGUGCUGCAGCCUGCGGACGAGAGCUUGAUGCUGCUGGGCGCGGGGGCGGUGGCGGCGCUGAGCCCGGCGGAGGCGGUGUUGCUGAUGCACCGCUUCGGGCAGUUCGCCUUCAUUUCUUCGGAGGACAAGCCGGCGCCGCUGGACUCGCCUGCCUCCAGCUCCAGCUCCAGCUUGUCGCAGGCACCUGCCCAGCCCCAGGCCGUGCAGGCGGACAGCCACGGCAAGGCCGGGCCCCGGCCACCCACAACGGCCAGGGGGCCAGGCCACCAGACCAGUGCUGCUACUGCCGCUGCCGGUGGCGGCGCUGGUGUUGCUCCCUUCAACGCGGCGCGGUUGGUGUCGCAGCAGGCGGCCAUGGCCGUGGGGCGGCGGCGGGCGCAGCGGACCGCGGCCGCCGCUGCAGCUGGUGGCUCCGCUCCCCCGCUCGCCGGCUUCCCCUCCUGCUGCGCCGUGCUGGCCCUGUCCCUGGACUGGUCGCCCGCUGGGGCCGGCCGCGACCCCGCCUCCCCCGCCGGCGUGGUGGCGGGCAGUCCGGCGGCCCUGGCGGCGGCAGCGGCAGCAGCACUGCGCGAGGGCCGGCGCGGGCUGUACCGGUGGCAGCAGCUGCGCGCCUACUACAAACUGGCCAGCAGGCGCCGGGCCGCACUCAUUGCCAGGUGGCACGACCUGUUUGACAGGGUGGUGGGGGCAGCGGCGCAGGAGGCCAAAGCCAAGGAGGUGACGGCGUGGAAGCGCAUGGGCGCGGCACUGCAGGUCAGCACCGCGGGCAAGGUCAAGGUCAUUGAGGGAAGCAGCGGUCAACAGCCGCAGCAGCCGGCAGCCGCAGUGGCGGCCCCCGCGGCGGCAGCUCUCGCUGCUGCUGCCGCAGCGCGCGGCAGCCCCAUGCGCCCGGCCGCGCCCAGCGCCAGUACAACUGCUGCCACUUCCGGGCAGGCCGCCUCGCGCUCGCCUUCGCCCCCACCACCGCCGCCACCCGCUACCGCUGCGGCUGCUGUCAGCCAGCAGCAACAGCCAGUGGCGGCUCGCGUGGCGCAAGCGCCAGCUAAGGCGGAGGCACAUGCUGCUCGUGCGCCCUCGCCGCCAGCGGCCGCCGCUGCUGCCCAGGAGCACAGCCCCCCUCCGCUGCAUCACAGUGCGAUACGCCUGGAGGAGCGGCCGCUGGUCGGGGUGGCGCAGCGGUAUGCAGUGGCAGUGGAGGGCGCUUCGGAGCAGGACACUGCGGUAUCGGCAACCGCAGUCGCGACUCCGCCAGCACAGCCCGCGGCCUCGGCGGCUGGUACUGUGGCCGGACCUCACACAGCCGUCACCCCUGCCACUGCGUUUCCUUCAAGUCGAGGUGCGGCUUCUCCGGCCGCUGGCGUGGCGGCACUGCCCGCGGCCUCACCGCACAUGACGCCCCGCGGCAGCACCGGCGGCAGCGGAAUCCCCACUCCGCCCGCCACCACCCCCAGCCGUAGCAGCGGUGGCGCCCCGGCGGCCUCACCCGUGCCCCUGCUCGGCUCCAUGACCCGAAGCGGCUCCUCCCGCCUGCCAGCUGCACCGGGAGCGGGCAGCUCCGGCGGCGCCAGCAGCGGCGGCGCCAGUGCAGUGCCGCAGCAGCGCAACUCCCCUCCAGUCGCCCGCACUGUCGCCCCCUCGGCGGCCCGGCCUGGCGCACCUCCCGCCCUGUCUCCGCCCCUGCUUGAGGCUGAGGGCGAGGCCGGCGCGGACCUGAUGUCGCCGGAUGCCGACCAGUUGGCGCUAUGGGCUGCGGAGGCAGCGGAGGCGCUGGCGGCCGGGCCGCAGCAACCUCAGCAGCAGUCGGGCGGCGGGGCGCUGCAGGGCGCUGCGAGGGGCUCCAUGGGCCGCGCCACCGCUGCAGCUGCUGGGUCGCGCAUCCCACUCAGUCCCAGUCGUGCGGACAACAUCUCGUCUGGCGGUCCCGCCGGCGCCAAAGCUACCUCUGGCGCCGCACUGGCUGGCGGUGUCGCGGCGUCACGCUGAGCGGGGUCAGCCAGCGAAGGGCCGUGUGCGGCCGUCUGAGCUGCAACCUCUCACAUGGGGCAGCCGAGAGGCUUCAAUAGAGAUUAGAGAGUCUGUCAUCAAUCAGAUGGCGGUUGCGUGUGAAUGUACCGGAUGGCGCGCUGUGCUGGAGAGGCUUCAUGAGGGUCUUGUCCCCUGGGGGUGUUGCAUUGUUGUCAGGGGAAUACUGCAGGAGAGUGCACGAACAUCAGGCGGCGCCUUUGUUGCUUGCUGGCAGAGUAUGUGCAAUUGUGCCGCAAAGUAGAGGGCGACCACAUAGAGCAGGUACAUAGUGGCUGUGGAAGCGUGUUGUACUAUGGCUGGUUAGUUGAUGACACGCCAUCCGCCAUCAGUGUAACACGCAAUCAGU